AUCUGACACUGUACCAUGAAGCCGAGCAGAGCAGAUCGCGACAGCGGCUCGUCUGCAGUAUCACCCGACCAGAAGCUCAAGAACGGAUCGCCGGGGUCCUGAGUAGAGCCGGUUAGCCCUCAAAAUAUUUUUUUACCAAAUAUUCCCGGAGAAGGAAAGAAAAGCGUCCUCUUUUUUUUUUUGUUUUCGUCAAAUCGGUGCAGUAUCAUUGACUUGGUAUCCUGCCAGUGGUAAGAGGAAGGGCGCAUCUUUAAAGUUGGGAGCGUUGUGGGGUGAGCGGGCAGGUGGUUCUGUGCUAUGGGAUGGAUGAAGCCCAGCAGGACCAGUACGAGGCUCAGCUGAAGGAAGUCUUCGACAGUUUCGACACCAGCGGCUCGGGGUCCCUGGGUCAGGAGGAGCUCUCGGAGCUGUGCAGGGCCCUGCAUCUUGAAAAAGUCGCCCCUACACUACUGCACACCCUGCUGCCAGAAGAGGGACUUCACACUGACAGGGUUCAUUUUGAGCAGUUCAAGGAUGCACUGAUUCUUGUGUUAUCUGCAACUUUGGGUGGGCCUUUAUCCAACCCAGUGGACCAUCCUGAGCCAGAUUCCGCAGAAGUAGUCCCAAAGUUUGUGAAGGAUGGAAAACGUUAUGGGCGGCGGUCGACCCCAGAAGGUAGGGACCCUACAGCAGGGUCCUGUGAGGUGAUCGGGACAGUGCAAGCUCUAAACGAGCCUGAGGAUUCCCCCAACACCUCUGUGCAGAACGACUCGGAGCAUUGCAGCACCUCCGUUCACAACAGUGAGGAGUAUGAGGCUGAAGGUCAGCUCCACUUUUGGAACCCCGACGACCUGGGCACGCCUCGCGGGUUCGCCCCCUCCCCCGACGAGCUGGAGGAGUGCCUGCAGGGCGCGUGUGAGGAGCUGGGGCUGUGCCGAGACGGUUUCGCCAGCCACCAGGAGCUGCUCUCCGUGUGCGCGCGGCUAGGCCUGGAGGUGGUGGAAGAUGUUUUUCAGAAGCUGGACAGCGAUGGAGUCAUGAGAGUGCAGGAUUUUGUCUCUGGGAUUGUGAGGAGCAACAAUCCUCCCACCCCUUCUGCCUCCACCCCGUACCGACAGCUCAAGAGACACCACUCCACUCAGCCUUUUGAUGAGAGCGGACGGCGGACAACUACACCCUCGGCGAUGACCAGCACCAUCGGCCUGCGUCUGUUCUCCACUCUGGAUGACGGAUCAGGAUACGCGUCUGCUGAGCAACUGCUGGACACCUGGCAGGAGGAGGGCAUUGAGAAUGGCCCGGAGAUCCUGCAGGCUCUGGAUUUUGGUCUGGAGAGGAAGGUGAAUCUGAGUGAGCUGACCAUCGCACUUGAGAACGAGCUGCUUAUUACCAAGAACGGCAUUCAUCAGGCUGUGCUGGCCAGCUUCAAGGCCGAGAUCCGCUACCUGCUGGAGUGUGUGGACCGUGAACUGCGGGAAAAAAGGAAGGUUCAGGCAGAUCUAGAAAAGGCCGAUAAGCUGAAGACUCAGAUGGCCACAGAGGUGGACGAGCACCACUCAGCCAUCGAGCGCCUGAAUGACUACAACCUCCGGAAGCUGGAAAUGGAGCACAGGGACAAACUGGCUGCGGUGAAGUCAGAGCUGACCAGAGAGCUGGACCACAUCCAGCAGCAGGCCACCCGCCAGCGGGCACAACUGGAGAGGGAGGUUGAGAAAGUGAAGGAGGAGGAGGCCUUCCUGCGUGAUCGCCUCUCUCUGACGCUCAAGGAGAAUGGACGUCUAGAGGCUGAACUGCUGGAGAACACAGAGAAGCUGGUGGAGAGUGAGAAUCUGGUCGGCAAACUGCAGAAGAACCUGGAGAACAUUCUCAAAGAAAAGUUCGGUGAUCUGGACCCAGGCAGCGCAGAGUUCUUCCUGCAGGAGGAGAGGCUCAGACACCUACGCAGCAAGUAUGAAGAGCAGUGCAGGGAGCUGCAGGACCGCAUUGAUGAGCUGCAGGAAGAGCUAGAAGAGUAUCGCACCCUGGGCAGGACGUCCCGCCCCUUCUUCAAGCCCUCUCUUUCUGAGGAGUUUGACAGCAAGAGCCCGGGCAUUGAAUCAGACCCAGGUCUUGGCUCAGAGGACUGUCCGCCCUUCAACAUGAGCCUGGAGGCCGAGAUGCUAAUCGAGCAGCUAAAGGACCAGCACGUUCGGGAUUUGGAAACCCUCAGAGGCGAACUAGACGGCAAGGUCAGUCAGUACGAACAGCAGCUGGAGGAGCUGAAGGGUGCUCACGAGCAGCAGCGAAGGGAGCUGGCCCAGCGGUGCCAGGAGGAGAAGGAUCAAGUCCAGAGGAGAGCGGAGGAGCUCCAGAACCUGUUGGAUGCUGCCCAGACCGCCCAGGAGGGGCUGGAGCAGAGCCACGCGGAGGAGAGGGCAGAACUGGAGCGCCGCCACGCGGAGGAGGUCAGUCUGGCGAGGGACGAGGUGAUCGGGGUCCAGACCCGCGCUCGUGAGCUGGAGGAGCAGCUGAGAGCCGCGGGGCGCGAGCGCGAGAGCACGGCGCGGGCCCACGCCGCCGACGUGGCGGAACGGGACAGGCUGCACUCGGAAGAUCGGGUGAGACUGGAGCAGCAGCACGAGGCGGCCCUGCAAGGCAGGCUGGAAGAGCAGCGGCAGAGGCUGUCGGGAGCCCUGGAGGAACGGGAAAGGCAGCUUGCGGAAGAGUGGGAGAGACAGCGGUCCCUGAUGGAGGAGAGCCACCGGGAAGCAGUGCAGGAGCUGAGUGCGAGACACAGCGAGGAGAGGGAGAGGCUCAACGGCUUGGUGGAGAAGCUCAAGCAGGAUUUCCUGGAGGAGAGGAAGGAACUGGAAAGACACUAUUCCCAGAAGAUCAGGGAAUUAGAAUCCCGCUUCUCAGACCAGGAAGCUGUUUCAGAAAGAUUGCAGAAGGACAUGUCCAAGCUAGAGUUACGUCACCAGAACGAGCUCCAGGAUCUGACAAUGCGACAUACAGAGGAGAAGGCGCAGUGGGAGUUUGAGAAGGAGGAGAUUCUCAGAGAAAGUGAAGAAGAAAUGGAGCGUCUCCGAGAUUCCCUAAAGCGAGAGAAGGAGUGUGUGUCACAGGAGUUUGAACGAGAAAGAGAAAUGAUGGAGAAGAGUUACAAGGAGCAGUUAAAUGGCUUGAUAGCUAAAAACGAGCAAGUGCAACAUGAAUUAGAAGCCUUCAUUCACACUGCAAAGGUAAAAGAGAGUGAACUUACCAAGCAAUUGGCUGAUCUGCCUAAAGAUCUUCAACAAAACUUGAAUGCCAAAGAUGAGCUUCUGAUUCAGGCACAGAAGAAAGCUGACGAUCUGGAACUUCUGCUGAAACAGGCAGUUGAAGAUUUUGAGCAGGAGAAGGCAGAGAUCCAAGGCCAAUUGACUGACUUAGAGGAGAAGAACAAAGAGAAUCUGAAUCUGUUAGAAAAACAAUGGGCAGAGAUACAGAGCUUGGUGGCUGAAAACAGCCGGCUCCAAAUCAGAAUUCUAGAGCUGGGAACUGAAGUGACCAAGAUGUCAAAGCUGCAGGAGAGAUUUGAAGAGGUGCAGAAGGAAAACGAAGAAGCACUCUGCAUGAUUUCACAUCUUAAAAAAAGGACCGAGGAACUGGAAGCUAAAAAAGAGAGCCUCACUGACCUGCAAACAGUCAAAAUUAGAUAUCCUGACGAGAAGACACCCACCUCAGAAAGCAGCAUAGGUACAGAACCCCAGGUAUCUGAAGAGAAAGAACAAGGUUGUGAUUCUGAUUCUGAUUUACUUAAAGAAAAUAUCAGAAAGCUGGAAAAACCGAAUGAAGGGAUUCAUCAGCUUCAGGAUGAAGUUGAACAGGCUGUGAAAGCGCGAAAGCUCUGCCAUAGUGAGAUGGAGAACUUACAUGAAAAACUGAAGCAGCUUCAGGACCAAGUGUAUCUUCACGCUGGGGUGCAGGCCCAGUUAGAAAAUGCCCAUGACCGAAACCUGCAGCUCCAGCAAGAGGUUUGUCAUCUUGAGAAAAGGACAAGUGAACUUGAAGUUCUUUUGGAAGAUGAUGCCCAAAAGAUUGCUGCCGGAGAGCAGUCACAGAAGGAAAACAAAGAGCUCCGGCAAGACAUCUCUAGAAUGAUUGAACGGACCAAAGACCUGGAGGGCAAGACUAAGCAGUUGAUUGACAUUCAAAGUAGGUAUGAGGAAUGCACUAGAGAAAAGAGAAAGCUCCAGGAGGAAAAGAUGAAUUUGGAAAACAAAGUUCACGAGCUUGAGGAAAAAAUGCAAGGUGUCGGGCACAUCCAAGGCAGGCAUUCCAAAUUGCAAAAGCAAGUGGCCCGUAUGGUGGAAGAAAAUUCAAAACUCUGUGCAGAGAUCCAAGAAUUAAAGAAACACGAAGAGCUUAAAAACCUCUGUCAGGACACUAAAGGGACCAAGGAGGUGGCAGAAAUGAACGUUCACAAGAAGGAGACUUUUCAGGACCUAAAUUCUCAGUUGGAAGCGAAGAUUCAGGCUGUGUCAGAACUUGAAGAUAGCUGCACCGAGCUAGAGAGGGAAAAGGCAAAACUGCAGGAAACUGUUGCUGAACUUCAAGAGAAAUGUCAAACGUUACAAGAAAAGAUGCAGGCCCACAGAGGGGAGGCUGGCCGUCUGGCAGAAGAAAACCUCAUUUUGAAAUGGGAGAUCUCCAAAUUCAAGGAAGAGGGCAACAUCUCACAGCAGGAACUGAAAGACCUCAAUAAGAGCCAAGAGGAAAUGCUACGCAAAAUUGAUCAAUUGAAGAAGGAAAAGACUGCAGCUCUGACGAUGAACGAGAGCUUAAAGAACCAGGUGUUGGAGUUGAGGAGCCGAGGGCAGCAGCUGGAGGACGAGAACGGGCUGCUCUCGCACAAGAGCGCACAGAACGCAGCCGACGUGCUGGAGCUGAACCGCCGGCUCAGCGAGCUGCUGAAGCAGCGGGAGAAGAAAGCGAGCAGCCGGCGCCAGCACCACCAGGGGGAGCUAGAGAGGGAGAGAGCGGCGCUGGCUGCCGAGUUCGCACAGGAGAGGAGCCAGAUGGCAGCUCGCCUGUCAGGCCUGGAGAAAGAGAUGGCCACAGCCCAGGAGAGGAGUGCCCAGCUGGAGCAAGAGAGGGCGCUGAUGAGCCAGGAACUCUCCACCCUGAAGGAGCAGCUGUGCAGCAGCCGGGACCUGCGCUCUGAGCUGGCCAGUGCCGUGUCGAGGAGCGAGAAACUCCAGAGGGAGAAGGAGACUCUGAGUGAGGAGCUGAGCCGCUGCGUGGACAAGGUUGCAAAAUUAGGGACGAUGGAGAACCAGCUGUCUCAUCUCAGACAGGAACGUCAAGCAGCAGAGCAGCAGGCCCAGAACCUUAAGACUCAGCUCUCUGCCUCCCUGGACAAGGUCCAGGCUCUGGAUGAAGCCCUUCAGACUGUCAAUCUCCAGACAGCCCGACUGAAGUCAGACCUGAGGGUCACCCAGCAAGAAAAAGAAGCCCUCAAACAGGAAGUGAUGUCUCUGCAUAAGCAGCUGCAGAAUGCCAACAAUAAGAACCAGUUCCUGGAGCUGGCUCUGCAUUCCAGCGGGUACCAGAGCCACCAGAAGAAGCUGUACUGGGAGGAGCUGUCCCGGCUGGUGGACCAGGAGCAGCAGCUUCUGAGGCAGGAGAACGAGAGGCUGCAGAAGGAGGUGCAGAACACCAAGGGUGACCUCAUCCUCUCCCGGGACAAGACUCGACAGCUGGAGUCCACCAUAUUGUCCCUGAAGCAGCAGAAGCAGCAAGGCCAGUCCAGCCUGGUGAAGGCCGUGGAGCAGGAGAAACUCGGCGUGAAGCGUGAGCUGGACUCCGUGCGCAAAGAACUGCUCAUCGCCAACAGGAAGGUGAGCGAGCAGAGCGAGAGUCAAAGAGAGAUGGAGAGCCUGAGGCAGGAGAACGAGAACCUCAAGGCCCGGCAAGCCAGGCUGGAGACCCAGCUACUGGAGGUCCAGCUGGGUGGGGUGUUGCCACGGGAGCAGCUGAUCCAGGCCCAGCACCGGCUGCUGCAGCUGGAGCGCGAGGGACAGCACCGGGGGGAGGAGCUGGGAGGGAGAGGCCCUGACUUCAGCCUACAGCAGGAGGGACAGGAGGUGGUGCUGCUCAAGAUGGAGGAGCGCAUGAGAGACGUUGAGCAGAAACUACGGAAUGUCAAGCUGCUGCUGCAGGAGAAAGUCACCCAGUUAAAGGAUCAGCUCCAGAAAAACGCCAAGGCGGAUGAGUUGAUCAAGGACCUGUAUGUGGAGAACUCCCAGCUCCUCAAGGCUCUGGAGCUGACAGAGCAACGGCAGAAGGUGGCAGAGAAGAAAAACUACCUACUGGAGGAGAAGAUCUCCAGCCUGAACAAGAUUGUGAGGGACCUGAGCCCAUCGCCGCUGACUGCGGUGCCCUACCACUUUUCGCGAUCCUAACGUCACCUGGCCAUUCCUGCUCUGAAUGUUUCACUGCCCCAGCCUUUCUCUGCCAUCCCUGCUUAUUGCCCAAGCUCCCCUCCAUCACUGCCCAACCAAAGGAUGAUUUCCCUGUCCCUCAUCCCAUCAUUCCCAUCAUCCACACCUUGCACAUGCUUUCUCUUGUGGAUCUUGAUGGAACUGCUUGACCAAGUCACGCCUAGAAGUACCACCUUCAGUACUGAGUCAAGUCCAGGGGUCCGAAUCUGGAUGUUAGUCACUGUAGGGCACAAGAACAUCCACCACUGAGAGGAGGCCGUGUGGCCCAUCUAGACCCUUUGGUAGUUAGCAGUUAAAAAUCUCUUUCAGCCAUUUCUUGAAGGUCGUCAUGGUGUCAGCUUUGUCAGCAAGGCUGGGUUGCCUGUUCAUAACUGCCACAAGCUUUGAUAUAUGAUGUACUUUCACAGUUAUAGCUCCACAGCCUUUGGAAGCCUGGAGCAGCACAAUCUGUGUGUCUGAACUAGACAUCGUUCUACUUCAUCCCUGUGUUUGAGGGUGUGGGUACUUUGAGAAAGCGACGUCGAAGAAAAUUUUAAUGCAUUUGUUAGAAGAAAAAAAGCUCAGCCAGGUGCGUGGAAAAAAGAUUCAAAGUAUUUGGGACACUCCAAGGCAGUGUUGCUGAGUUUCUACCUGUGAUUUAAUUUAAAGACUGAUGUUGCUACAGAAUUGAAAGAAAAACGUCUCUUAGUAACAGUGAAAUUUACUUCGAGGCUAUGUUGAGGUGUCAGUAUUGCCCAGGGCCAAGUAACCCACUCAACAAGUAAAAGACCAUCCAUAUUUUUAAUUUGGGCCUGUGAACGAAAAAUAAUAAUAGUCUACCCUGAUAGAAAACGAAUCAUUUAGCAUAUUCUCAUUACAGGACUUAUAACAGUAAGAGAUGCUAUCUUAUUCAGAGGUGCAAAUUAUACUGUACAAUUAAAUCAGUGUUCUUAAAUGUUUUUGAAACUUCUGGGGACUAAACACUGCCUCUCAUUUUAAAGAUACAUUAAUCAUUAGUAAAAAAGUAAAGCUUUUUUUUAGCAUUACUUUAUUAAUCCAACUGUCGAUUCUCCGGGAAACUGAAACACACGAGGUGAAAUGAGAAGCAUGCAAGAGUUUCUCUAUGAAGUGAAAAUUUUGUAUACUACGUGUAAACUAAAAAUGUUAUUGCACCCGGUGAUGAGAAAAAAAUACACUAACUGAAGCUGCUAAUUCUGGGCUUCCCAUUGCCACUUAAAUAUAUUUUUAUACAACACUGUGGUCUGUGUAGUUCUGUUCUCUUAACGCAAUGCAUAACCUAUGUACAGUAAGGUCUUUUAAGCUGCUAUAAAUUAAAAUCUGUCAGUAAUGUCAGCAAAACAGUUUUAUAUGACCAUCUCCAGACAUAAAAAGGAAGUUAACACCAAUGCGUAAGAAGGAGUAGAGUUUGUUAGCAUUCCAUACUGUAUCUGCUAUUUACUGCUUUCAGUGAUAAGGCAGAAACAUCAGUCCUAGAAUAAUAAUUUCAGACAAUGUGUAUAAAAUACAGUAUAUAAUUCAACACAGUCAAUAAGAACAAACAGGAGAUCCUGUUCUUAUAUAUUUACUAUGUGUAACCAACCCACCAUCAAAAUCACCUAGAUUUGUGGACUCGCCUUAAAAGGUAUUGGGAUGUACUGUAAGUGUUGAUAAUAGCUGCUAUUUCACAGUCACUUUAAAUUGAGGAUUUAUGGUUAUUGCUGCCAGAGCUGAUUUGACCAGAGUAACUCAGUUGUAAGGGGUUGAAAGAGAGAGGUGAAGAGGAACUGAUACCUAUAGUCAGUCUGAAUCUCUUCCUCAGCUCUGUUUCUAACUUGAAUCCAAUGCCUGCAGUUCCUGAUUAGCUGUAUCCAGCAUCUUUCUCCAAAUAGUCAUCUUCUUGUGUGAAAGAAUUCCUGUUUCAAAACCUAUUCCUCUAAAGCCAAAUUAAGUUUCCAGAUAGCCUGAUACCUUAUAAAGAUUUAUUGAAAUAUUUGCAAACAUUCUUUUUAACAGUUGCAUAACUCUGAAAGACCUCAAUACUUUUUUGCAAUGGCAAUGCUUCAGCAAUUUUUUUGACAUACCUCUUGAAUUCAGUAUCUACAGUGAAAAGAGUCAUGCUGAAGAAAUACUGAUGAAGUACGCACUUUGAUAAGGUCUUCAUCUAGCUGUAAUAAAAACAGCUAUUGGCAUUCCUCACUGUUAAGGAUGAUUGUAAUCCAUGAUCGUUUUUAUCUGUGCUUCUCCAGAUGACGCCGGGCUCUGUUGACAUUUAGGGGUUCGCCUGCUGUUUGUGCGAUUCAUGCCUAUCCACCUCCUGUUGUCAUCAUAAGGCUGAAAUCAUGGCAGCAGACGUCCUCCAGCUCAGGUGGUCAUGGGCAGUAGUCUCCCAUGAGUUGGUGUUAGUGUUGCUCUUCUUCAUGUUGGCCUUGAAGACAUCUUUUAAAAUGCUUUUUCUCUCCUCCUCUUGAGCAUGUGCCAUGACUGACCAAAAAAGAGGAGGUUUGUUUGGGGAGUAAGGAGACAAUGUGGCCGGCUCGGUGAAGCUAAUGUUGGAUAACCACCACCUCUUGCUUGUUGAGUUUGUAAGAGAACAGGAGCGUUAGUUCAUCUGUCAUCUGUUUUUAAAGAUUUUCACCAGGCUGUGUUGAUGAUACUUCCUCAACAUUUAAACGUGUCUUCUGAACAUCUGAGAUCCAUGGAGUAUGGUAGUGAUCAUGACUGUUUCAUACACAAUUAGCUUGGUUUCGGAUCUGGUAUUGCGAUCUUCACAUGCGUUUCAAGAGGAAAGUCUCCAGCGUCUCCCUAUUGAUCUGUCAGUUGGUUACGUGUAAGAAUGUAAGAAUGAUCUGGGAACAGUUUUCCUGGUGAAGUGAGUGUUGCUGCUGAGUAAAGAACAGAAGGAGGAAAUGUUAUAUAGUAUUAUAUUUAGAUGGCUGUCAGUUGGCCAUUUAAAGUGAAGCUGAAAACAAAUUGAAUGAAGGGUGUAUUGUUGCUAACUGAAGUAAUUGGUAUUAUUGUAGUCGCACUACAUGUCGCACAGAAAAGGUGCACUGCAGCCUUUAGGCCUUUAUUUUCAUAUUUAUUUGUUGAGUAAACUAUUGCAUAAAAUUAUUGAAGAAUUCUUUUAAAAAAUGUACUAUAUCCAAGUGCUUCUGUACAUGUAAGGCUAUAUGAAACCUACUGAGAAUGGGACCACAUGAAAAGAGAAAGAGAAAAGUAUAGCACCUCCUGUUUCACCUGCAGUACAUUAAAAUAUUUCUGUGCAUGUACUGUAGGGUGGUUGAGUUUCCUUUCCUUGAACAGAGGACCACAUGUGACACCAGCGUCGGGGCUUGGAAUUGAAUAUGGCGAAAAUCUGGUUACUGUCUAGACUCUAGAGAGUCGGCAAACUCCAGAUAAACGACAGAUAGUUUGCAAAGGCCUCUCAUAUGAGGACUUUGUCUUUAGCUAAAGAAAAUCUGCAAGAGCUCAUUUUCACUUGUUGCAAGUAACAGUUCUAAGUAUUUCGAAUGACUAUUUUUAAAUUGUUCAGUAGUUUUACGAGUUACUCUGUAGUUAAUAUUUUACUACAAAACACAAUGAACAGAACGCAGAAUGCAAGAUUCAAAAUCCGUCCGAAAUAUUGUAUUUAAAAUACCAUGCAAUGUUUACCUAGAGCUC